AUGGCCCUCGAACAAUCAUUGGCUGCGCUCUCGUUGACCACUGUUAGUGCUGAAAAUGCACUCGCCACCAAAACCUUGAUCUUCAAGCCAAAAACUGCAAAGACAGCUACUCCGGUCCCCGUGGUGGUGUUUGCCUUACAGUCUACCAACACUCCAUCGGGUUUGGUGGCUAAGGCCGCCGGCGUCAAGGAACCCAGAUUGGCCAAGGACGACUUGAUCAUCGAGUUCUUUUCCACUUCUUCAAAGGAGGUUUCUGUGGCCAACUUGAGCGCCGGUUUGGCCGGUAAAGUCAAGUUGGUUGUCGAUUCCAAAAUCACCAACGCUACUGACGACGUUGUCUUGGAAUUGGCCACUGAGCUGGCAAAGGUUGCACUUUCUGCUGCUACUAUUAAUGGCUAUUUGGCCUCCACCGGUAUCGAGUUGGUGACUGUGGACUUUGAGGCUGAGGCUUCUGCUGCGUCUGCUGCUCCAGCUCCAGCCAAGGACUCUGGAAAGAAGGAAGCAUUGAAGAAGGAGAAGGAUGCCGCCAAGUUGGAGGACGCCAAGUUGAUCGGUAUCACCGUGGACAAGACCAAGGAUUUCUCGCUGUGGUACUCCCAGGUCGUGGUGAAGGGUGAGAUGUUGGACUACUACGAUGUGUCUGGAUGUUACAUCUUGAGACCUAACUCAUACUUCGUCUGGGAGGAGAUCCAGAACUGGUUCAACAAGAAUAUCAAGAAGUUGGGUGUUAAGAACUCGUACUUCCCUAUGUUCGUGUCGUCCAGAGUGUUAGAGAAGGAGAAGGACCACGUUGAAGGUUUCGCUCCUGAAGUUGCCUGGGUUACUCGUGCUGGUUCCUCGGAAUUGGAGGAACAUAUCGCCAUCAGACCAACUUCUGAGACCGUCAUGUACCCAUACUAUGCCAAGUGGAUCAGAUCUCACCGUGACUUGCCUUUGAGAUUGAACCAAUGGAACUCGGUGGUCAGAUGGGAAUUCAAGCACCCACAGCCAUUCUUGAGAACCAGAGAGUUCUUGUGGCAAGAGGGCCAUACCGCCCACUUGACCCGUGAGGGUGCUGGUGAAGAGGUGGAGCAGAUAUUGAACUUCUACAAGGGUAUCUACGAGGAGUUGUUGGCUGUCCCUGUCAUCAAGGGUAGAAAGACCGAGAACGAGAAGUUUGCUGGUGCUGACUAUACCACCACCUGUGAAGGUUUCAUUGCUGCUACCGGUAGAGGUAUUCAGGGUGCCACCUCGCACCACUUGGGCCAAAACUUCUCCAAGAUGUUCAACAUCUCUGUGGAGAACCCAGAUGGACCAGAUCAGGAGAGAGUAUUUGCUUUCCAGAACUCUUGGGGUUUGUCGACUCGUGUCAUUGGUGUCAUGAUCAUGACUCACUCUGACAACAAGGGUUUGGUGUUGCCACCAAGAGUUGCUCAGAAUCAGGUUGUGGUUAUCCCAGUUGGUUUAACCUCCAAGUCAUCCGCUGAGCAGAGAGAGGCUGUCAAUUCUGGAGCUAAGAAGGUUGAAGAUGCUUUGCUCGGAGUUAAUAUUAGAGCUGUGGGUGACUACAGAGACAACUACACUCCAGGUUGGAAGUUUGCCGAGUGGGAGUUGAAGGGUGUGCCAUUGCGUGUGGAAUUCGGCCCUAAGGACUUGGCUGCUGGCCAGGUGACUGCUGUGAGACGUGAUAACGGAGAGAAGUUUGUUGUUAAGUUGGACGAGGUUGAGACCAAGAUCCCUGAGCUUUUGGAGCAGAUUCAAGUUGGUUUGUUGGAGAAGGCCAGAAAGGAUUUCGACGAGCACCGUGUUGUUGUUGAGGACUGGAAGGACUUCGUUCCAACCUUGAAUGCUAAGAACGUUAUUUUGGCUCCAUGGUGUGGUAUCCCAGAGUGUGAGGAUGAGAUCAAAGACGCUUCUGCCAAGAAGGAUGACGGAGAAGAUGAGGAGUAUGAUGAGAGAGCUCCAUCGAUGGGUGCCAAGUCCUUGUGUAUUCCAUACGACCAGCCUGAGUUGAAGCCAGGCCAGAAGUGUGUGAGAUGUGACCACAAGGCUGUCAACUACACUAUGUUUGGAAGAUCUUACUAA